AUGAAAGCCGAGAGUCCCACGAAUUUCCCGCAGGAUGUACGCGAGAUUGUUCUGGCGGCUCUGGUGGAAUGCGAGAACUCAUUAGCCGUUUAUCAGAAUAUUCUGAAGCAACAGUCGACGGCGGGAAAGAACGUCCUUUCCGAAAUUGGCUUGUAUGUGAGCGGUAUAAUAAGAGACUUGAAGCGGGAAAUUAGCGAACGGGGAACUAUCGAGGUAUUAGUUAAGGAGAUCGAGAGAAUCACGUUGCGCGAGAAGCAGGAACGCCUUUUAACGGAAGAGAACAAUCGGAUGCGGGCAAUUGUGGCGGAGCUACGAAAAGCGAUCGCCGAAAAGAAAACAUCGAACGAGAGGGAGGAGGAUCGUUUAACGCGGAAGCUCACUUUGAUACGGGACGAGAAGAAGAGACUGAAACUAAUUAAGAAUGUAGAGAUGAGAUACGUCCAAGCGUGGGAGAAGACACGUCGCGAGCAGAACGUACUACGUUACGAGUUGGAGAUGGACGAGUUGGAGAAGACUUUGAAUAAUUGUUAUGUACACGAGAAAAGCGAAAAUCGCGUGAAUGGCGAAUUGACUCGUUAUCUGACUCAACGUAUAGCACUCAUUGAGAAUCGAAUUGAGCAGUGGCAAUGGAGGUACGAUCGGGAGAGAGAAAUGUAUGAGAAAGAGAUCGACAAAGUGCGCAAAGAGAUAGAAGACGCUCGGAAAUACUUGGAGGAGCUUACAACGGAGUAUCGCAAUAAUCAAGAAUUCAUCGACAUGUAUCUCGCCGAGCAGGAGGAACUUCGACGACAGAAAGAGCACGAGAAUCACUUGCAUCGCAGCGCGAUCAAGGUGCAAGCCUGGUGGCGAGGUGUCAUGGUACGCCGGAAGUUGGGACCGUAUCGACCUGACGAGAAAAAGAAGAAGCGGCCUGUUAAGACCAAGAAAUAA